GGCGGCUGUGAGGGAAAGCGGCGGAGGCCGGAGCCGAACGGCAGCGGGGUCGCCCUGUCCUUCUUCUUCUCCUCUUCUUCUUCCGGCGGGGCCGAGCUCCCCGCGGGGACGCGGCGCAGGGAAAUCGAAAGCGCAACCGAGCGGCGCGGGGCAGGCCGGCCGCCAGCCUCAGGUAAGGAAAAUAUCCAGUCUAGACACUGGUGUUGAUGGAUAAUGUUGGGAACCUGACCCAUUUGUGGACUUAACGUGCCAACCAGGCUAGAGUCAGGACCAUGAAAGAUAGAAGCCUGGGUCUCUAGUUCAUUUUCCGCAAAAGAGAAGGUCUGUGACUUUCUUGGAUGAACGGGAAUCAGAGGAAUCACGCUUGUGAAAUGGUGCAGCCAAACGGGGGGCCGGCGAGUGAGUUCGAGACCCUCAGGGAAGAUUCUUCCCUGGGAAAGUCAGCCAUGCUGCACCUGCCUGCAGACCAAGACCCUCAAGAGGCCCUACAACGGUUCCUGGUAGAGAACCAGGAGCUGAGAGAGGCCAUCCGGCAGAGCAACCAGAUGCUCCGGGAGUGGUACAAAGAGUUCUUAAACUUCCAAGCCAACCAUAAAGAGGAGAAGGAAUUUCUAAGGAGAAAAUUUCAAGGGGCCCGGAACCUGGUGGAGCGGCUGAACUUGGAAAAGAUCGACUUGAAGAGACAGAGGGAGCGAGCUCUGCAAGAAUUGGAGCAGCUGAAGCGAAGUCAGAAGCUUGCUGCCCUAGGGACGGAAGCACCGGUUUUUGAAGACACAGAAACGGUCACACUCACCAAUGAGCUGGUUGAUCUUGCCAUGGUGCCUGGUGAGAAGACAGACUAUCUCCAGGCUCUGAAGGAGCAAAAAGAACAACUAGAGAACCAUUUGCAGCAGUUGCAAAAAACUAAUCACAGCCUUCUCAUGGAGAAACUGGCCCUCUUGACCGAGAACCAGGAGCUGAAGUUGAAAGUGCCCCCGAGGCAGCCUGAAGAGCCACGUCUCAAAGUCAAGGAAAAUGGAAUUUUGCCAGAGAGGCUUUUGGAGACAGAGUCCUUGCAGGGGGCAAGUGGCAGUGCCAGGACUGGGAAUUCAGAUGAAUUGCUGAAGAAGAGGCUGAGAGACACGGAAGAUGAGAACACAUCUCUGAAGCAGGAGCUGGCGUCUCUGCAGGGGGAAAUGACCCAGCUAUUGACCAGGGAGAAGGAGGGUGAGAGGAAAGCCGAACAGCAGUUGCAGGCGUUGAAGAAGCAAGUUGAGCAACUGACGGAGGAUAAAGCCUCCGUGAAAGCCCAGGUGACAUCGCUGCUUGGGGAACUGCAAGAGAGCCAGAGUCGCCUGGAAGUAGCAAAUAAAGAGAAGCAGAGCCUCGAGGACAGAGCCCGAAUUGCAAGUGAGAAAGCCAAAAAGCAAGAGAGUGAGAACGAGACCCUUCACAAGCAGCACAGCGUGCAGGUGGACCAAUUGCGACUGCAAGCCCAAAACCUGGAUUCUGCCCUGCGCAUGGAACGCCAGAUUGCCUCUGAAGAGAAGCGGAAGCUGGCACAGUUACAAGCCGCCUAUCACCAGCUCUUUCAGGAAUACGACAACCACAUCAAGAGCAGUCUGGCAAGCAACGAGAGAAAUCGGGAAAUCGACCUCCAGCUGGAUGCCCUGAAUCAGCAGCUGCAGCAGGCCGAAGAGGCUCUGGUGGCGAAACAGGAACUGAUCGACAAACUCAAGGAGGAAGCGGAGCAGCACAGGACUAUCAUGGAAACCAUCCCCGUCCUGAAGGCGCAGGCUGAUAUCUUCAAGGCUGACUUCCAGGCCGAAAGGCAAGCCCGGGAAAAGUUGGCCGAGCGGAAAGAGUUCCUUCAGGACCAGCUGGAACAGAUGCAGAGGGAGCUUAACAAAUUGAAGGCUGAUUCCCAAGAAGCAACCCGGGAGAGGAUAGAGGACAUGAGGAGGCGACACUUAGAGAACUCUCAGCCACCUUUACCCCAGCCAGCUCAUCUCGUGAACCAUCUCCCCUUCCACUCGUUGUCCACCCAGAGAAGAAGCCUUCCAGAUGAGCAACCUGAUUUCUGUUGCCCAAAAUGCCAGUAUCAGGCCCCGGAUAUGGACACCUUGCAGAUCCACGUCAUGGAAUGUAUCGAGUAACACUUCUCAAGGGUGAAGAGAAGGCAGCCGGGGACGUGAGCAGGACCCGCAGCAGUGGUGCUUUUUCUUCAGUGUGCUCAGGGCUGCAUCUCGCUACGUCUUUUUUCAACCUAGAUUUGAGUUUGAGGUCUCCAGCAACGUGGGUCCCGUGGAGUUCAACACCACACACCUUAGGACCAUCAGGGCCGGCGGCCGGGAAGUGACGAGGGGACCUCGUGGUUGGCUAUAAGAUUUGCGCUUUAGCCUCUGACGGGCUCUACGCUGGCUUUCCUUCCUAGCUAGCAGAUCCAGACUGUGGGGGGCAAGAAAAAAUAAUCACCCUUCUUGCUCCGUAUAGUUCCUCUAUCGAUUUUCACACAAACGGAGCAGACCUUUGCACUAUUUUGAGCUUAAUUCUGAAGUGCCUCUUGCCACGAUAUUUUAAAAUGCACAAAACAAGCAUCGAUUUGCAUUGUACAGUGAAUGUAUGUUGAAUGUAAAGGACUAUGCCCUUAAUCUUUUUUCACGUGGAAGUGGGGGUGAAGAUGAUAAAGGUCACGUUCAUACCUCUCCCCACCACCCCAUUUUAAUGAGGCAAAUGUGGGGAGGGGAGGCAGGUCACCGAAGUUGACAGGUAAGGUUACUUUUAGUAAAUGAGCAGAGUGAAUGCUGAUGUGUAGAUGGCUGUAUUCUUUUAAAGAAUGAUUUUCUUCAGGUUUCUACAAGAUUGAAACUCCCUUCUUUGACAAACUGGCUUCCUCUCUCCUGCCUUGCGGAAGGAGAGAUGCCACGGACCACAGCCUGCAAGUCCCUUCCCUUUAAUACAAGUGCAUCUCUGACCAGGACUUGACCACACCGUGCGAUCGAAGGGCUCCGCUUUUCAUCUCAUCGGGAAGCAACGCCAUUUCAGAAGCCCAAGCCCUUUUCCCUCCUACAUCAAGCUUAGGGAGAGCCGUGGCCUGUUCCUGGUGUAAGUGUGAGUAGGUGCCUUCAAUUGCAGUACUUCUGCUCUGGGGAGAGCAAUCAGUUGGUUGAAUGUUCGAUGUGUUCAGAGAUUCUUUCUGAUGAAGUUUCUUUCCCCUCCAGAGCCCCCAGGUCUAGCUCCUCUGUUGCAGGUUACUAAACUGUUUUCUGUGCUGCUGCUACCAAUCAAAAAAGAACAACUUGUGCCUUUCCAUCAAUUAAACUAACUUUAGUAUUGGUCUCAGAA